AUCUAUAAGAAAAUAAAUAAAAAAUAAAAUCACGGUACCAUCUUCUAUUUCACAAACUCAGUCUGAGAAUUGUUUCAUACAAACGAAUUAUGGCGGCAAGCGCACUGUACAGUGGCACUGUGUUUGUUCCUCCUCUCUCUCAUAAAACCCCUAAACAUGUUCGCUCUAUCUGCUUCAAUCCUUCUACUAGCCUCUCUAGGUCAAGAUUUUGUGUAACAGUGGUAGCAUCAUCGCUUUCUCGUCGGGUGUUUAGAGUACAUGGGUUGAUGGGCGAUGAAUCUGGGACUGCCCCAAAUCCAGAAUUACCCAAUUCGGAAGCGGGUGUUAGUAUUGACUUGAAUCUUCCAAGAAGAAGUUUGCUUGUACAGUUCACAUGUUGUGUGUGUGGUGAAAGAACAAAGAGGCUAGUGAACCGGCUAGCUUAUGAAAGGGGUGCUGUUUUUGUUCAGUGUGCAGGAUGUCUACGGCAUCACAAAUUAGUUGAUAAUCUUGGACUUAUCACAGAGUAUGACUUUCGGGAGAAAACAAACAUCGACUCAGAAACUGAUCGAGUUUGAUGUAAUAACUUUUAAAAGUAGAGAGACAUUUGACCUUAUUAUUUCCAUAAUUAAAAAAUUCAGACCCAUUACUAUUUCUGAGCAAAAUCACAACAACAAAAAAAAGGAAAGAAUCAGUUAUAGAUUCUCAUUAUUCAGAUUGUUGCUGGUGUUGCAUUGGGAGUUAGCUGGCAGCAGAAUUAGCCAAAAUGUUAAAUGUUGUGAUGUGAUUGGGAAUGGAAAGUGUUUGCUGCUUGUA